AUGAAUCAUCAGCUAAAAGGGCUUUCUGGAAGGUUAUUUAAUGGAUCUUUAGAAGAAAAUUUUGAAUGGUUUAAUCAUUCUUUAACACUUACAAAACUUACUCCGCUUUUCCGCUUCUCCAAGGACUCUUUAGCAGCCCAUGCACAUGAAAUGGCAAUAACGAUCCGUCGGUCACAACAACAGAUGAAACACUCGGAAAAAUUAAGCCAAGACUCGAGAAAAUUAUCCUCUUCAUUAUCUUCUUUUUCUUCAUCACGCCUUUCAGAGAUGUGCUUUGUUUCCUGCCAAUGGGUUUGGAUGCCAGCACAGCAAGAUCUUGGAGGUUGUGUUUGGAUGGUUUUUGAGUUUACAACAGCAGAUGAAGAAGAUAAACAAAUGGAAGAACAUUAUAUAGAAAGAAGAAUAGAUACACAAGGAGUAUCUUCUGCUAAAGUUCAAGAAAAUAGUUAUGCAUGUUUUUUAGUAUCAUUGAAUGAUGAGCCAAAGGGAAAAUGGGGAAAUUUUCCAUUACUUAUAUCAAGAGUUCCAGGAGAUUUGCUUCAGAUUGUUGUAACCUAUUUAGCAACACGUUUUGAUACAUGGGCAACACCAUUUCGGCUGAGUGCAGAGACAUUAACACAUCUUUUGCAAAGUUAUGUAAUAUCAAUAGUUCCAAUGAGCGAAGAGAGUUCAUUGCCAUUAGAACUAACAUUCUCUACAAAAGGGAUAAAGGGUUUAAGACGAAUAACGGUUGGGGUAAAAGGACAAGAUGUACAGAUAUGGCGGGAAAGAGGGCCAAACUUUCUUGAAGAACUAAAAAAGCAUUUAGAAUAUCAAACUGCAAUUGAUUUUAAUCAAUUGGAACUCUGUCGGAUCGGUUGUGGUGGAUUUGUUGUUGCUGCAGAAGGAAAACUAAAAAUACUUAAACCAAUUCAACAACAAGUAAUAUUGGAGAUCCUUAAGAUGGAAACAAAUAGAGAAAGUCAAACUAUACCGAUAUCAGGCUAA